AUGAUUCGAGGCAUCUCUUAUGCGCUUUGUGCGCUGGCUCUUAGCCCCUGGGCUAGAGCUGCCCCGCAGCUGAAUGCGCGAGCUACAGGCAGCGUGGAUACCUGGCUUGCGUCUGAAACCACUGUCGCCCUCGAUGGUAUCCUUGCCAACAUCGGCGCGGACGGAGAGUUCUCCAAGAGUGCGAAGUCCGGUAUCGUCAUUGCCAGUCCUAGCACUAGUAACCCGGACUAUUACUACACCUGGACUCGAGACUCGGCUCUGACGAUGAAGGUUCUGGUUGAUCUUUUCGUCAAUGGUGAAACCAGUCUUCAGACGGUCAUUGAGGAGUACAUCAGUUCUCAGGCCUACCUGCAGACAGUCUCCAGUCCAUCUGGGUCUCUUUCUGACGGAACUGGUCUUGGAGAACCCAAGUUCAAUGUUGACGAGACGGCGUUCACUGGUAGCUGGGGUCGUCCCCAGCGUGACGGACCCGCGCUGCGAGCGACCGCUUUGAUUAACUUUGGCAAUUGGCUGAUUAACAAUGGCUACUCCACCUACGCCACAAACAUCGUCUGGCCCAUCGUCCGCAAUGAUCUAUCGUACGUUGCUCAGUACUGGAAUCAGACUGGUUACGAUCUAUGGGAGGAAGUCAGUGGAUCUUCGUACUUCACUGUUGCCGUCCAACACCGAGCACUCGUGGAAGGUAGCACCUUCGCUAAGAGCGUCGGCUCGUCCUGCAGCUGGUGUGAUUCUCAAGCCCCUCAGAUCUUGUGCUUCAUGCAAAGCUUCUGGACCGGUUCCUACAUGCUUGCCAACACCAACAGCGGCCGCUCUGGCAAGGAUGCAAACACCGUGCUCGCCAGCAUUCAUACUUUUGAUCCCGCCGCUGGCUGUGACGACACAACAUUCCAGCCUUGCUCGCCACGUGCGCUAGCCAACCACAAGGUCUACACAGACUCUUUCCGUUCGGUUUACUCGCUCAAUUCCGGGAUUGCUGAGGGCACUGCGGUUGCAGUUGGUCGCUACCCCGAAGAUUCGUACUACAAUGGCAACCCCUGGUUUUUGACCACUCUUGCGGCCGCGGAGCAGUUGUACGAUGCCAUUUACCAGUGGAACCGCAUCGGAUCGAUCACCAUCACCAGCACUUCCCUGGCGUUCUUCCAGGAUCUCUACAGCUCUGCAGCUGUUGGAACUUACUCUUCUUCCAGCUCCACUUUCAGCUCUAUCAUCAGCGCCGUCAAGACUUAUGCUGAUGGAUACGUGAGCGUUGUUGAAGCUCACGCGAUGACCAACGGCUCCCUCUCGGAGCAAUUCGACAAGUCGUCUGGUAGCGAGCUCUCUGCCCGAGACCUGACCUGGUCCUAUGCUGCCGUCUUGACGGCUAACAUGCGCCGUAACUCGGUCGUGCCUCCAUCUUGGGGCGAGACUACUGCAAGCAGUGUCCCUUCUGUGUGCUCUGCAACGUCUGCCACCGGUACCUACAGUACCGCCACGAACACUGCUUGGCCAAGCACCUUGACCAGCGGCAGCGCUGGGACCGAAACCACCACCACCACUACUACCACUACGGCGAGCGGCACUACUACUACCACUACCACUUCCAAGACCUCCACGACAACCUCCACUUGUUCAACACCCACAAGUGUCGCCGUGACUUUUGAUGUGAUUGCCACGACUACUUAUGGAGAGAAUGUGUACAUCUCCGGGUCCAUCUCUCAAUUGGGCAGUUGGGAUACCAGCAGCGCAGUCGCAUUGAGCGCCAGCCAGUACACUUCUAGCAACCACCUGUGGUAUGUCACGGUCAGCCUUCCUGCUGGCACUACCUUUGAGUACAAGUACAUCCGCAAGGAGACAGAUGGAUCCAUUGUCUGGGAGAGCGACCCUAACCGGUCAUACACUGUUCCCUCUAGCUGUGGCGUCAGCAGUGCUACUGAGAGCGAUACAUGGAGGUAG